AAUUCUGGAAAAUGUAGUAGUCUGUAGGGGCAAAGUCUGGUGAGUACGGUGGAUGACGAAGAACUUCCAACUACAGCUCUUGUGACUCGGAGACCGUCUGCUAUGCAGUAUGAAGUCGCGCGCUGUCGUGCAGUAGCAGCGGAGCCGAACGAUUGACCAAAGCUUGUUGGAGAUAUGGGAGCUUCUCCAUCAUUGUGUUCAGUUCUUCACAGUACACAUGUGCAGUAUAACUCAUCCCGUUUAGUAAGAAGCCGUGAUGAAUGCACCGGCGCUAGAGCACUAAACAGUGAUCAUCAAUUUUUAGGGGUCAGUUUUCGUUUGGGGCAUUGCUUAGGUGCUGAACCAGGAUCUAACCAACUUGCUGAGCGGUUGCUAUAUUUGACAAUAAAUAGAAUCCAUUUUUUUCAUCCCAAGUAACAAUGCGAUUGAAUAUGACUUCGUUUGCGUGCCUGUUUAGCAGUGCAAGGCUCGACUCGACGCGUACUUCGCCAAUUUGACGCAAAUGGACCCAAAUUGUUUUGAUGGAAAGCUGUUGCUAAUUCAGCUGUAGAUUGAGAAUCAUCAGCUUCCACAGUCUCCUUUAAUUCGUCAUUGUUGACUAAAGUUUUUGAUCGCGCAUGGGAUUCAUUUCUUACGUCGAAAUUUCCAGAACGGAUGCGGGCAAACCAAUAACGGGUGGUGCGAUCGUUAGUAGUGUUCGCUCCGUAUACGUCGUUGAUGUUGCGUGCCGCUUCUGCAGCGUUGCUGCCACGAAGAUACUCAUACUCCAUAAUCACUCGAAUUUUUAACGUAUCUAACUACAACAUUAUUAAUUUGUAAAUUUUUAAAAUAAAAAUUUCUGGGAUUAAAAAUUCUUAGUGAAAUUAAUAAAAUGGACUACAAAUAUCCAGUAGAACGACAAUUUCAUAGGUAAAGACCUAUUAUGAAACUUCUUUAAAAAUCCAUUGAAGUUUUGGAUUUAAAUCUUUCUUUUUUAGUACAUUGGUGAUAAGACAAACAUUUUCAAUUUCAUAAUCCUGUUGGUGGAACUGUACUGUAGUUUUAAUUGUUUUCCCGCAGUUAUUCAGAUUGCCACAUCUGCGGAUAUGGUUCAGGAUAGGCGUCGCGCGAGUGAAACCCCCUGGUAUAUCGAGCAUAUGCUGGAUAUCAGGCGGGUCACACGCAUGUUUGCCACCCUUUUCACAUACAAAAAAGAGGAGAAUUCUGAGCGUGCACCGCUGGUGGCGCAGAAAAUUGACUCGUUAGCCAAGCUGUUGUUCAACAAGUCGCUGAUAGGCACCGGAUCUGGCAAGUCUUCGCCUUCGGAGCCACCGGCAUCGCCCAGGGUUGAACGUUCCAUGGAGAGUUCGGCAGCGCUGGCUAUUUGCACAGAAUAUUUAUCGCAGACAUCAAGAUAUGACUUGAUAUCUCAGCUCGGCGCCAUCGGAUCGCGUCCCAAUAAGCACUGGUUUGCAAUACACGACAAUUCCAUCAAAACUGAUAGACUCCUCACUUUGAUGCCGUUGACGAGCAAGUGUCCAGUAGAAGCGAGCGAUCGCUCCCGCGGCCUCAUCAUGGAGCUGUUUCGAGCACUGCAUCACCCAUAUAUCUAUCCUGUCUUGGACUUAGAACUGUGCAACGGACACGCCUUGACAGUUCUCCCGUUCAACGCAAGAGGAACCUUGAAAGAUCUUAUUUAUAAGAGUACAUGGAACGAGGAAUACAGCCGCAAGUACGGCUCGGGCUGCGGCCAGGGGCUGCCGGCGUGGCAGGUGGCCCGCUUCGGCCGCCAGAUGCUGGAAGGACUUAUGUUCCUCAAGGAGAAGGGGUUCCCGCCCUUCAGGCAUCUACACUCGGGGAACGUGGUCGUGCAGAACGGAGUGGCGAGGAUAUGUGGGUUAGAGAACACUCUAGUAGGCGCCGCUCCUCGCUGGGCGGUGUCUUUGACUGCGAGCAGCGACACCGUAGAAGCAGUUACUUUAGGCGGCGUCCUUUACGAGAUGUGCGCUGCCGCCCCGCUCGACCUCGCGCGCCUGCACUCGCUCGCCGCCUACCCGCACGUGGUCGAAAUAAUAGAGCAAAUCUUCGGACCCCGAACGCCCACCUUGCACGAGCUUCUAUUGUGCGAGUUGUUUCGGAAAAUCGACCUACGAGAGAUGAAAGGAUCCUGUUUACCGAACUUCAGUCAGCGGCUGUCUCGCUCUUGCCUGUCGCUGCUGGGUGAGGUGGCGCGCCGCCAGCCCUCCUCCCCGCGACGCUCCGGGCCCGCCUCGCCCGCCACGCCGCCCGCAAGGAGAAGGCAUUUCCCGUUAGACCAAGACUACACGGAAGAAUGGCAGUGGUGAUAGAAUAGAACAUUAAACUUAUUUAAAAAAAAAACAAAUGCAAGGAAC